UUAACGAAGAAAUUGGUAAAGGAAAGCGUUGUCCUAAACAGUCAACACUCAAUACAUACCCUCUGGUUUUCAGCUGGAGAAAAAGAAAAAUGGCUUCUUCUUCUUCAGCUCUCUCAAGAAUAUCUAAUCUCAGUAGACACUUUCACACGCCAAACUCGAAAACCAGAGAUGACCCACAGGGUGCCAUUGACGCUCCCGGUAGAGGCUUAAUUAAGAUAUCCUCCGAAGUUUCUGCUGCCAUUUCUCGUGGCCAUCCUGUUGUUGCCCUCGAAUCAACCAUCAUCUCACAUGGGAUGCCAUAUCCUCAAAAUCUGGAGACUGCAAAGGAAGUAGAAACAAUCGUGAGGAAGAAUGGAGCAGUUCCUGCAACUGUUGCAAUUUUAGAUGGCACUCCAUGCGUAGGCCUGAAUGAGAAAGAAUUGGAGAGGUUGAGUAUUCUGGGAAACCGAGUCCAAAAGACUGCUAGGAGGGACAUAGCACAAGUUGUGGCCAGAGGAGGAAAUGGUGCUACAACUGUUUCUGCAACAAUGUUCUUUGCUUCUAAGGUUGGCAUCCCAGUGUUUGUGACUGGAGGCAUUGGAGGCGUUCACAGACAUGGUGAACAAACAAUGGAUAUAUCUUCUGAUCUCACUGAGCUAGGAAGAACCCCUGUAGCAGUCAUUUCAGCUGGUGUAAAAUCAAUAUUAGACAUCCCCAGGACCCUUGAAUAUUUGGAAACUCAGGGAGUAUGUGUUGCAGCUUAUAGAACAAACGAAUUUCCUGCUUUUUUCACGGAAACCAGUGGCUGCAAGGCACCUUGUCGUGUUGAUACACCAGAAGAGGCUGCAAAGCUUAUCGAUGCCAACAUGAAUCUUGAGCUUGGAAGUGGAGUUCUGAUUGCUGUUCCAAUUCCAAAUGAGCAUUCAGCUUCUGGGAGCUUAAUUGAGAACGCAAUACAAACUGCACUUCAAGAAUCCCGGGAGAAGAACAUUGUGGGAAAUGCUGAAACUCCAUUCUUACUUAAAAGGGUGAAUGAACUCACUGGAGGAGCCUCACUUGCUUCAAAUAUUGCACUUGUAAAAAACAAUGCUCUUGUGGGUGCCAAAAUUGCCGUCGCUCUUGCCAAGCUCAGAGUGCAAUAGCAGGAAGAUCAAAACGAUCACACGAAUUGUACUAAAUAUAAAUGAUUUUGGAACACGAUUGUGAUUGUGAAGUAAGAUAACUUAGAAUUGAUGCAAGAUUGUAUACGAAGAUCGUGUAUUAAUAUCUAAACGAUCAAUCUUGUAUCAUGAUCGUUUAUAAGAAAAAUUACACGCACGUGUGUGGUUGAUUAAUCGCGUGUUGAUUAGGUUAUUUUUUUGUAUUUUUCAUUGUAGCCUCAUGAGCUUUUUUUUUUUUCAUAAUUGUUCUACACAGUGUAAAUAUUUUGUGGGUUUGUUAUAUUUUUUAAAACAAUCAUAGAUGCUUACGAAGAUCAA